AACUCUCCUCUUUAUUGGGUAAAAUCGUAGCAAGAACUCUGCUUGAACCCUUAUGAUCGGCAUCGGAUAAAUCUCCUCUAAACCCCCUUCCAUUAUCAUCCUCUGAAUCCAUUUCCAAUGCCACAAUCCCACUUAGCAGAAGAGGGAUUUUCUGGAAGAAUUUAGCCCCAGACGUGUUCUUCAGCUUCCGGUAAGGAAUGGCUACUUCUUUAGUGUUGACUUCACCAUUAAUGUCGGCUUUUUCCGCGAGAAAGACCCUUAUCUCGCUAAAUCUCAAUCGACCCUCCAUUAGUCAGGGUAAACAACCUCUUCCUAGGUCGAGUUCAUGUAUAAACAUUCGCCAUUUCAACUGUUUUAAUCCUGUUUUCUCGACUUCUCGGAUGUCUUGUACUGUCACUCGAUGUUCAUCGAAUGAGUUUCUGGAAGUUGAUGACAUUUUGCCCUCUUUUGAGGAGAAGCCAGUUAAAGUUCUGCUGUUGGUUCUGUUUUGGGCUUCUUUAUCCCUUGCUUGGUUUGCUGCUUCUGGGGACGCCAAAGCUGCUGUUGACUCUAUCAGAGCUUCGAAUUUUGGUCUGAAGAUCGCCAGCGCAUUGCAGAGCUCAGGCUGGCCUGCUGAGGCGAUAGUAUUUGCCCUCGCUACGCUUCCUGUUGUUGAGCUCCGUGGGGCGAUCCCUGUUGGCUACUGGAUGCAGCUAAAGCCUGUAGCUCUGACCGUUCUAUCCGUUCUUGGGAACAUGGUUCCUGUGCCCUUCAUCAUACUCUAUUUAAAGAAAUUUGCAACUUUCCUUGCGGGAAGGAAUGCUACAGCCUCUCAAUUCCUUGAUAUGUUAUUCAAGAGGGCCAAAGUGAAGGCUGCACCUGUUGAAGAGUUUCAAUGGCUGGGUCUAAUGCUAUUCGUGGCUGUGCCUUUCCCUGGAACAGGAGCUUGGACUGGUGCCAUUAUAGCUUCCAUCCUAGACAUGCCAUUCUGGUCAGGCCUUUCUGCAAAUUUCUUUGGUGUUGUAUUGGCAGGGCUUUUGGUGAACUUGUUGGUGAAUCUUGGUCUUAAGGAGGCUGUUUUCACUGGAGUGAUUCUUUUCAUUAUAUCGACUUUCAUGUGGAGCAUUCUUCGACUGAUUCAAAAAGCUUUCAACAAAGGAAUUAAAUGAACAAGGAAGCUUUCCCCAAGUAGCUCUGUAACUGAUGAAUCCAUGGCUUCAAGUUCAUCUGGUUCAAAGGGGUUCUUCAUUUUCUCAGUGGCAGCCCAUUUUUCUCUUAGUUCAUCAACCUGUUACAAAAAUCAGUAGUUUUAGAGAAAACCCAUUUCAGAUCUGGAAGUUUGAAUGCCAUACCUCUGUUUUCAGUUCUUGAUUCAGCUUAACAAGACUGUCAAACUCAUUCUUGAGGUUUUGAUAUUGAGAAUUCAAAGAAUCAUAAUCAAACACAA